GUUGUUGUGACAGCUCUAAAAUUCUUUGUCAGUUCAAAUGUCACUAAAGAAGAUGAGGAGGAUAGUGACUCAGAUGACGAGCCAAAUACGAAAGAAGUGGCAAUGGCCAACAAAGUUAAUAAAAAAACAAGAAAAAGAGAAAAACAACUCAAGAAAGUAAAACAGCUAGUCCAGAAGUCGAAAAAGAAAAAAGCAGCAGCUCCAGUUUAUAAUUUCUCAGCUCUCCAGCUAAUCCAUGAUCCUCAAGGUUUAGCUGAGAAGCUAUUUCAUCAGCUUGAAUCUACCCAUGAAAGGUUUGAAGUGCGUUUAUUAACAAUUGACGUUAUUUCAAGAUUGAUUGGCUUGCAUCAGCUAAUUCUCCUAAACUUUUAUCCUUAUAUUCAAAAAUUUCUUCAACCACAUCAAAAAGAGGUCACAAAGUUGUUGGUGUAUAUUGCUCAAGCCUCCCAUGAACUGCUUCCUCCUGAUGUUUUAGAGCCUGUGUUGAAAACUCUGGUCAAUAACUUUGUAACUGAAAGGAACUCUUCAGAUGUCAUGGCUAUUGGGCUGAAUGCAGUUCGGGAAAUGUGUUCACGCUGUCCUCUUGUGAUGAAUGAGGAUCUCCUGAGAGACCUGGUGCAAUACAAGUCACAUAGAGAGCGUAGUGUCAUGAUGGCUGCCCGUUCUCUCAUCCAGUUGUAUCGUCAUACCAUGCCAAAAAUGUUGCACAAGAAAGAUAGGGGAAGACCAACAGAAGCAUCAGUGGAGCUAAAGAUGAAAAACUUUGGAGAGAUAGAUGUACAAGAAUAUGUCCCAGGGGCAGAAGUUUUGCUUGAAGAAAACAAGGCUGAGGAACAAGACAGUGAUGAAUCAGACUCAGACAGUGAUAAUGAAUCGUGGGUUGAUAUUUCACAUUCUGAAGAUGAAAUUAGUUCAGUCGUGGAAAAGGACAAAGAUAUGAACCAAACUGAUGAAAUUGAUGGAAAAGAUACAGAUUUGUCAAAAGAAAAGGAUGACUGUAAAGAAGCUCUAGAACUGAAAAAGAAACAAGCUGCUGAAGUAAGUGUAAUGCGUAUUCUUACUGAUGACGACUUUAAGGAAAUUGAUGCUGCUCUGAUUCGAAAACAAGUAGAGGCUCCCAAGAAGGGAGUCAAAAGAAAAAUGGAAGACUUAAAAGAAAAAAAGGAAUUAGUGUCUCUAGCAGAUAUUGAAAAUAUUUACAAAAAAAGAAAACAUGACAGACAAGCUCGGAUUGAAUCUGUAAAGAAAGGACAAGAAGGAAGGGAGAAGUUUGGCUACAAGGAUGGAAGACUGAAUCCCUUUUCAAGUAAAACUAACAGAGAAAAGAAGAAGAACAAGAAUUUUAUGAUGAUAAAACAUAAAGUCAGAGGGAAAACAAAGCGUUCCUUUAAAGACAAACAGAUUGCACUGAGAAAUUAUUUGAUCAAGCAAAAGAAAAUGAGAUGAUCCUGAGGUAACAUAUUUGUUAUAAAUGGAAAAUAAAUGUUAUUGUAUGUUAAUAUAAA